CGGCUGGCUUGACCACGCGAAAACACGAGACGACUGGCUUCACCGCAGUGAUUAACUGCUGAUACUGGGAAAAAAUAAUAAUGGAAGAAUCGCAAACUUGAAUUGAGCCCUCUGUAUGGGUAAAGUUUGUGAGUCAGCAGCGUUGGCAGGGAGGCUUGUAGCGCCACCAUCUGGCAAAAAUAAUGCGAUUUCAGUUGAUAGCUGUAAAAAUAACUGCUACAUUUAUGUCCAACCUACAACCCAGACUGAAUCCAGAGAUUCAGUUCCAAGCGUUUCUAGCACAAUGUUUGUACAUGUGUAUUGUGUAUUAAUCUAUUCUUUGUUCCUUAAAAAUCCCUGAAUCUGGAUUGAUGUGUGCGAUGUUAGGAUAUAACUUUGAUAGCUGAUAAUAUAUUUCCGGGGUCAUCAACCACACUGUUUUAUGCAAGAGCUCGGCAUCAGAAGUUCAGUGCAUAUUUGUUAACUAGACCCUAAAUAGGGACCAAAUUUUUUGGAGAUACUGGGCCAUAAUAUAACGUGAACUGUAGGAGUUGAGUAGGAGUAGCAUCGAUUGCCCCUCUAAUGUCUUCCAAUGUUAAAGUUAGAGUAAAGUACAUCAAGUGUUUCGAUAUCGUGCCACAAGACGCUUUUAUUCCGAAGAGGGGAACCGGAAGACCUACUUCUUUACGUACACCGGAAGAUGCAGCACUGAAAGUUGAAACUGACAAGAGGGCUCACAAUGUACUUUAAUGGCAGGUGGCCGAUGUCCUGAAAGUUUAUAGACUUCUUUUUAUAUUGUUUAUUUGACAGGAAAGGACUUUCAAACUUGUCUUCGUGUUAUUAUCGUAGCGAAGCUUUACCGUGACGUGUGCAGCGGAGAGUAGCUUAUUACAGUAGGGUUAGCCGGGUGGGUUCGUUUUUAGAUGUGGCGUUAAAGCGUUAUUUAGUUAAGUAAGUUGCAGUAGACUACAGGUGUAUGUCUCAAACAAUAACAUGGAUCCGGACCGUGAGGUGGAAAGCUUCCUUAGAAAUGGGAGUGAUGGGGACGAGGAGGAGAGGGAGAAGUGGGAGAGGCCCCCCUCCAGCUAUGGCUCCAUGAAGAGUGACAUAGAGGAGGAAGAGGAAGAGGAGGAGGAGGAGGAAAUAGAAGAAAUGGGUGCAGUAUUACCUGAAUCAACUGUUAACCAGGCGGCAGGGUUUCAGCUCAAUCGCUCAGAGUCCCCAGAGACCCUCUACACUCUGAAUACUCAGCAGACCAAACCACAGGGAGCUGUUGUUAUUGACACUAGGUCUUCUGAUUUGGGAGAUGUUCCUGAAGACUAUGACGAGGAGGAUGAAGAUGACAUUUUGAUUACAAAUUCCCCAGAACCACCUGAGCCUGUUGAACUAGAUUGCACAAUGCAGACGGAUGAGUACAGCCAACCUGGAAGACUCCACCCAGAACAGGACUUGCCCCAUAUAUUUAAGAGUAUCCAGAAUGCUUUGACAACACUUACCGUAGAGGAACUUUUCCAGUUUAAAAUGUUGUUCUGCAAUUGGGAGAAACGCAUUACCCUGCAGCAACUGUUGGAAGGAGACAUUCUGGACUUUGUGGACAGAAUCCUGGAGACCCUUGGCCAGCAUCGGUCCCUGUUCCAUACGAUACAUACUCUAGAGAGUAUGAAUAAGAAAGAAGAGGCAGAGAAACUACACAAUCAGUGCAGGAGAGCGAUGAUCCGUUUUCACCUGCAGGAGCAUUUAACCAGAAAACAUCAAGUCAUCCAUGAGGGGGUCGUUCGAGCUGGAAGGCAGAGUGUUCUUAACACCAUCUAUGUGCAGCCCCAGAUCUCCACCUGUGGAUAUGGAGGGGUCGACCCCUCCCACGAGUUGCGAUCAGUCCCCUAUUCGCCACCUCUCCAGGUCCCAAGUCCUGACACAUUUGUUGAUUUGAACAAUCUGUUCCGGCUGCAGAAAGAUGAUGGGACGCCGGUGAAGAAAGUGCUGACCACAGGGAUUCCAGGAAUUGGCAUGUCUGUGUCUGUGGCAAAGUUUUCACUGGACUGGGCAGAGAUGCACACCAAUAGGGAUCUGCAGUUUGUCAUCAAACUCUCAUUCCGAUCUUUUUGGCGUCUGCGGAGCAGAAGCAUGUCCAUCAUGGAAGUGAUCAAAUAUUAUUAUCCUGAGUGCAAAGACAUGAAGUACCUGGACGAAGAGGACUGUAAAUUUCUCAUCAUAAUGGACUCAUUUGAUUGUUACCAAGUUCCUCUGGACUGGAAGAAUGCUCCAGUAAUAACUGACAACUACACCCAAGCACAUCCGGAUGUCCUGAUUGUAAACAUCAUCCGAGGCACCGUGCUCCGUGGUGCCCGUGUCUGGAUUCUGGGGAGACGUGCGGCGGUUUCACAAAUACCGUCUCAAUUCAUCGACGUUGUUACAGAAAUUCAGGGCUUUAGUGACGAGAUGAAAGAUGACUUCCUGACCAGACGCUUUUCCCAGAACCAGAACCCAGAACUAGCAGCAAAUAUUGUUGCACAUUAUAAGAAACUGCCGACACUUCACUUGCUUGCUCAGCAGCCCUUUGUCUGCUGGAUGGUGGCCACCGUGUUCGAGCGAUGCUACCUUUAUCAGGGUUACGGGGUGCACCCUCCCAGACUGACACCGUUCUACAUCAACAUUUUGAUCGUCCAAAUCAAUCGCAGGCUGAAGUUCUACCAUGAUAUGGAGGACAAUGGACUGAAAUGGUCCAGUGAAGACAAGAAAUUAGUGACAGAGAUGGCAAAGAUGGCAUUUAAGAUGCUGGAGAAUAACACCAGUGUGUUCUUUGAAGAGGACGUGAAGGAGGCCGGCCUGAACUUGACAGAGGUGACGGUGCAGUCUGGCAUGUGCACUGAACUUCCCACACUCCCUGGUGGGAGACGAAAAUUCUGCUUCAUCCACUUUACUUUUCAGGAGUUCAUGGCUGCUCUGUAUGUCUUCAUAAUGUUUCGCACAGAGUCUAAGAACGUUCUGGACACCGGAUCGUUCUCCAAGAUCCUACGGAUGAAAUCAUACCAUAGCAAAUCAGCAGCAGGCCUGGUGAACAGUGCUUGGGCACGAACCUCUAGUGCCCAGAAGGGCCACUUCGACAUGUUCCUGCGCUUUCUGUGCGGCCUGCUUUCCCCAGACUGCUACCACAGUCAACUCGGCGGCUACCUCUUCCCCCAUAACGCCCCAAAAGUGGGCGGACUGGAUGAGGUUCAACAGCUACUGCAGCAAACCAUCCAAUCUGCUCCAGAAGACAGGAGAGGAAACUUAAAUGAGUGCCUUAGAGAGAUGACCCAGGAAGACGAGUGAGCUGGGUUUAGAUGAGAACCACCGUCAGUUUGUAUGGACAUGCCGGGUAAAAUAGCAACCUGCUUUAUUGUAGCUGUCUUCAAAAUUUUGUCAUUAUAGAUUAAAAUGUUACACUCAAGCCUUAGACCACUGUUUACUUUAUGUCAUCAAAGAGUCAGUGUCAGGAGCUGAGCUACAUCAGACAAGUUAGAAGGGUUUUCUAUGCGUCACACUGUUCUGGUCUUAAUGCAAUAUUCAUGUCGUUGCAGGAUCAGGAAGAAAAAUGGAAUGGAUGUUUUUUACGUAGUUUCUAGCUUUCUGUUGCCCUUUGUCCUCUACUAAAAACUGAACUGAUUUCUGAUCACAUAUCAAAAUAUGUUAUAAGAUAUCUGUUGUGAAUUAGAAACCCUCUUAAGAAACACAUGUGCCUGUCUGUGCAUUGUCGCUUCAUGUUUAAAUGCCUCUAUAUUUUAUUGUCCAAUAGUUGUAUGACUUCUUAAUUGAUGUGUACAAUAUUUUGAUCACAUGUGCAAUUAAAAACUGAAAAUACUUGUUCAAAGGAGCAACCCAGUUGCAAAAGAAUUGCAAAGUAAAUAAAGAAAAUGAAAAAGUUCAAA